GCAACGCGGACGUAAACAGACGGCGAGUGUCGUAAAAGCGUCUGGCAGUCUCGCAGCGAGUAAAAGAGCUCCAUUGUGCUCGCAGAGCAGCGCAGGCAAGACGAGCGGAACAAGAUCGUCUCCUCACCCGCCGACACCUUCGCGAUACUCGGACGCAGCGGCGCGGCUGUGCCCGGCGGAGGGUGACCGCGUCCCCCCCGGCGACAGGAGCCGGACUAUGAAGAGUUAAGUGUUUAUUAGUGCGGCUAGCAGGCUAGCUCGGCUACAUGCACCCAGGCUGCUGCUGCUGCUGCUGGCGCGGGAAAACCAACAAACCUCCGUCAAGCUGCUUUUUUUUCCUUCACAUUUCUCCACCUUUCCUCGCCGUCUCUGCCGCCGCCGUCCACCGCAGAAGGAAACGGGCGGAAGAUCGAGCGACGGUUUCCGCUCGCAAUUGUCCACUCCGAGGAAGCAGAAGUCGCUCAAGGCUUGCGGGCGGAAGGCGUGCCACCAAGGGUCAGCCUGGUUGAACAUGACUCCAGAGCCACUGCGGGCACGGCCAACUCCCACCCAGCUUGUGGCCCUGGAGGCCGAGCCCAUGCACCAUGAUGGAGAGGCAUUGAGGUCAACUCGCUGACCACCGUCUCAAUACCUCAAAGCCCCCGACCCCCGACCUCCGACCCCAUCAUGCUGCGCUUCCUGCCUCUCAAACUGGGCCGCCUGUACCGCUGUCUCAAGCUCCUGUUCGUGGUGGGCUUGUUCGUCAUCCUGCUGAUGAACACCCACAACCUGUUUGCCUCCUUCCAGAAGAACGAGCUGACGGACCGGCGCUUCAUCAACCUCAACAAGUGUCCCGCCUGCUUCGGCACCAGCUGGUGCCGCAAGUUCAUGAACGGUCAGGUGUCGUUUGAGACCUGGGGGCGCCUGCGCUUCCUGGACAUCUUCAACGUCAAGAACGUUUACUUUGCUCAGUACGGGGAGCCCCGGGAGGGCACCCGUCGAAUUGUACUGAAACGUCUGGGCUCCAACCAGGAGCUGGCCGAGAUAGACCAGAAGAUCUGCAAGAGGGCCACGGGCAGGCCUCGCUGCGAUCUGAUCCAGGCCAUGUACAAGACCGAAUUUGCCAGGAUCAACGGUGACGUGCGUCUACUCACUCCGGAGGUGGUGGAGGGCUGGUCGGACCUGGUGCACUGCCCCUCCCAGAGGCUGCUGGACCGGGUGGUCCGGCGCUACGCUGAGACCAAAGACUCUGGCAGUUUCCUGCUCAAAAACCUCAAGGACACGGAAAGAAUGCAGCUGCUCAUGACCUUGGCAUUCAACCCGGAACCGCUUGUCCUGCAGUUUUCCCUUUCUCUUACCACCUCCCCCAGAACCUUCACUCUGUCCUGGGCUGACACGGACGCGAGCACCUAGCGCCAUCUGCUUGUGCGCACAUCAAUGGAUGACCUUAUCUCCUCAGCCCGCUACGCUUCUUGACAGUAGGAUCUUCAGUCAAAUAUCAACGUAAACACUCAAAGCUCUUUCAACAAACACGCUUAGUUUUUCCCCCUUUUGGCUUGUUGUUGACUUAAUGAGGUUCUGCGCAAUCAAUCAGGAUUCCCUGGGAACUAAAGCCUCGGUAAACAUUGAGGGUCCUUCAGGCUCACAGUGGGCCAAAGGUGACACCUGAAACACGAUCCUCCACAGUCCAGGUAUUUAUUGGAGAGCAAAGGCCAUUACCUUACCAGGAAGUAUUGAAUAUCUCUUCAAGGAAGAUAACAGAAGAACACCAAUGUUUUUCUUGUUGCGUAUACAUUCUAAAUCGUA